AUGGCUCGGACAAUUAAACAAUUGGGAUCUUACAGCAUAAGCAGUUGUGAAGAAAAAAGAUUUUCCGUUUCAGAUAAUGAAAUGACAACAAUAGUCGUUUUGCGAAACGUUCGCACGGCGAGGACGCGAGUGGGGCGAUAUUUUAUAUAGGGGACUGGCGUGUGCCGGCGCAGCCUUAGCAACGACAUGCCGCUGCUGGUGUCCUCACGAUGCACCUCCUCGUGAUACUCGCGUGUUUCGCCGCCGCGACCGCCACUAACUCCACCAAAGAUGAAACUACUGAAUUACCAACCACUACUACUACUACUACACCUACCAAAGAAAUUCUAAAGGCUAGCGAAACGGCUGAUCCUUCCAAAGUUGAAAUUGUCAAGCAAAUUAGACGAUUGAAUGAUGAUGGCUCCUAUACUAUAGGAUACGAAGCCGAUGAUGGUACAUUUAAAAUUGAAAGUAGAGAUGUUCGCGGAAAUGUGAAAGGGACGUUCGGGUAUAUAGACCAGGAUGGUGAAAUUAAGCGUGUGACAUACACUUCCUCGAGCGAUAUGCCUACCCCUGUUCCUGUGACUACAAGUACGACGCCUAGUGUUCCUACAAUGAUUGUUCGAAUGAACAAAACAGUGUCAUCCACCACUCGAAGACCGUUAGCGACCGUUGUUUACCCAACCCGGAGCAGUUUUACUACCAGAGGAACUGUGAUUCAACCUAUACCAAAACGGAGAUUGCCUAUUACUUCUUCACGAUCUAGCUCUGACGCGACUACGGAUAAGCAAAAGCCUGAGGAGACAACUAGUAGCAUUUUAAAUCUUUACAAGCCCAAAUCAGAAGACAGUAAAAUAAGGACGCAGGUGUUGAAGCCUAGUUCGGAUGUGAAGGACGACCUUGUGACAAAACAAACGACAACUAAAUUACCCUCAACUGUGAAACCAGUUUACGAAAAUACAAACGAAAAGGAAAACACGGAUCCUUUUAAGGCUAACACUAUCAGGCGAGAGUUGACUGGUACCAGUCCUAAUCCUCACAUGAUUAACUUGCAGCAAUCAGCUGGUGACGAUUCCACUGAUGUCUACGGAAGCCAUCUAUCACUAGGAACUGCUCGGCCGCUGUUUACUACAACGACACCUCGACCUAGACUUAUACCAAUUCACUCGUUAGUUGCAGCACGACAAAAGAUACAAGAGCAGUACCAAGAGCUGCCGGAACAAGAAACGACAAUAGAAGCAAGUACUGGACGUGUGUUUGAUCAACAAAAUGUAGUGACAUCUAAUCCAGUGCCAGUAGUGCAUAUACCCCAAAGGGAAGAUGACAGGAUUUAUCAACCUAUCUACCGAAGACCAGAAGCCACAGUGCAGUUCCGGACGAGAGAAUAUUUGAGAGACAACCCUGGAUCGCCGGUGCCCAUUGGGAACCAGCGGCCCUUUCUCCACUACGAGUACCAGAACAAAAUAUUGGAGCCGCAUCAGUUUGUGAAAGAUACUACUACUCAUGCGCAGAUAAAGGGGACUGCACCCGAGGUGGUCACAGCUUCGCCCUACGACGUGCGCCCGGUUACUAGAAUAAUUCCCAUAGCAGUAGAUGAAAGAGGUAUUCCAAUCCAGCAGUAUCAACCACAACAACCACGGUACAUAAACCCUUACAGACCUACACAGCCUCCUAUCUACCAGCAACGGUACGAGCCUAUUCUCGAUGAAAUGAACUCGAUAUCUGCUCCCGUAAGUACGAGAGAUCUUAAAAAGUUACUCCAGAUUCUGAUCUACAGGCAGAACAGAUUGCAAUCUUUGAUGGAUCAAGUUGUUGCACCGGGUCCCCCGUAUCAGCCUUUAUUCAGACAAGAACAACCGCAAUAUGACUAUAGAUAUCAAAAUGCUCGUCAAUACCAAGAAGACGACAGGUACGAUUAUAGGUACGAUCAGCAAAAAUACAGGCAGCAGGAGGUAUAUUCAAAUCAGGUAGCGAGUUACGAGAACCCUCAAUACGAAAGCCAGCGAUACGUCCCAAGGCGACGAUUAUACACUAGGCCUUACGAUGCUGAUGGAAGUUCAUCAAAUAGAGUAGAAGAGGCUCCAGAGUUUCUCCCGCCAGAUAUACGAGAAGCUCUACUUUUGAAAAUGCUGAUGCUUGCGAUCAGUCCUGACUUUAUGCCCACGCCGGCGCCCGCCACAGAAUUAACAACUGCAGCUCCAAGUAGGAAACAAGUGAGAAACGUCCAGAUAUUAGGCGAAGAGGGUUCUGUCGAUACUAUGAAGCGAUCCAUGAGACAUUAAGGUACACCUUUAUAAUUUGGCUUAAAUAGCAGUCAAAAAAUAAAU